AAGAUCAAGUCUAUUGCAAGAGUGCACAGUCGGUGCAUUGUGAAGCAAGCCGGGGUUAGUAAUACAGCCAGAGUAAGAUCCCAUCUAAACAUCACGAUCACGAUCACGAUCACAAUCACGAUGAUUGCACCUGUAGUGAUGUUUGUAGUGAUUAGUUUGCUGCACGUUGGAGCAGGUCAUUCGAACGACUUCGAUGCGAUAAAAGGCUGUAAACAGUAUAACACGGAGUUGGGAUACAAUGAUCCACUUGAAUAUAUCCCUACCAGCAGCCUUAAUCAUACAGUUGAUUAUGGUGAAUUUAAGUACUACAAAAUCGGAAUCCUGGGAACGAAUGACGGUGUUAUUCGGCUGUCUAAUCAUGUAUAUCCUUACGACCGGAAUGUGUCCGAAGUGGUGCUGGGUAGUCAUAAUAACACGAGGUCAAUCGGGCGUACUCAGUACAGGAAUUCGUCAAAUGAGUAUAAAAACAACGAUUUGGCCAGGGCGAUGUCACCGAAUCUUUUGUCCCCGUAUCGUCCUGUGAUGCUAAAACUGAAGAUAUGGGCCACCGGCAAAAAGGAAAUGUUUCACGAUGGGCAAGACUAUCCUUUCUUAGGGUUUAUGGACGCUUCAAAAAUAGUCACGCUGUAUAUGGCCUUUACAAAGGUUGAUAAGGAUUUGGUUUUCUUCUACGACUGCCCUAUGUAGAGUGAUUGUCGAGAAGUCACGUAGUGUGAUCAUGGGAUAUAGUAUUCUUAUGGGUUUUAUACUUCAUAAAAUAUAAAGAAAUAUUGCAUCUUAUCAUUUGGUGCCUUAGAGUUUUGAUGAUGCUAUUAAAAUUCAAUUGUUAAGUGAAGUAAGGUAAUAUUUAAUGUUUAGAUUUUGCUAACAUAGUAUUACUGCACUUAUAAUAUCUUAGUAUAGAGAU